AUGGCGGUGGCGGUGCUGCGCAGCCUGGGCGACGCCGUCCCGCAGGACUUGCCCGCGGCCGCGGGGCUGCUGGUGGCCCCGGCCGACGGGCAAUGGGCCUCGGUGGUGGCGGCGGCCUCGGCGGGCGGUCCUCUGGUGCUGGCCGUCCGCCCGGCGGGGUCUGAGACGCAGCCGGUGCUGCUGUGCGCGGCGCUGCUGGAGGCCGAGGCGGCCUCGGAGCCGGAGCUGUGGCUGGGCCGGGCCUUCCUGAGGCAGCUGGGCCUGGCGGUGGGGAGCCGCGUGCGGGUCUGGCCCGUGAGGAGACCGCCGUUGCUAGGCUGGGUGUUGCUGGGGGCGGCAGGGGCGGGGCGGGCUCCGCGCCCCGCGGCCGCCUCGGGCUCCAGCGUCCUGGUGCGGUGCGGGGAGACGCUGCCGGGCUCGGGGCUGCUGGUGCUGGAGGCCCGGCCGGCCCUGCAAGGGCUGCUGGGCGCCGGCACCCGCUUGGCCGUGACUGAACUGAGGGGCGGCGGCGGCGGCGGCGGGGAGAGUCGGGAGCGGAGCGGGGAGCCGCCGCCGCUGGUAUCUGCGUGGGCGCACGGCGGGGAGCGGCUGGUGAAGGCGGAGCGGGGCCACGCAGCCCUGUGGGGAGGCGAGGCCGGCGAGACCUUGUGGGUGACCCGCGGCGGCCUGCGCAGCCUGGGCCUUUUCCACGGGGAGUGGGUGUCCGUGUCGAGGCCGGAAGGCGGCUCCCGCCACUUGGCCACCGUGCGAGCUCUCGACCCCCGGUGGUACUUCUCCCUCGCCGAGGACAGGCGACGCCGGGCCGCCGAGGAGGACGCCUUUCCGCACGAGAGGGCGCUGCUCCCCGCCACCUUGGCCUUCAACCUGUCCUGCGACCCUCUGGAAGGCGCGCUCCUUAAAAUCCAGGUGGGUGGCACCUGUGCAGAACGAGGCGCCCAGCUGGGAAAACAGGUGCUGAGCGUGGGAAGCUGCCUCGCACCAUGUAGGGCAGCUUUCAAACUACCACGGUUCUGCCUGCUGGGACUGAGAAGAGGAGGAGUUUGGAUUUGAUAUCCCGCUUUAUCACUACCCUAAGGAGUCUCAAAGCGGCUAACAAUCUCCUUUCCCUUCCUCCCCCACAACAAACCCUCUGUGAGGUGAGUGAGGCUGAGAGACUUCAGAGAAGUGUGACUAGCCCAAGGUCACCCAGCAGCUGGGUGCGACCCCCAGAUGUUUCAGCAGGCAAAACUACUGACUAUAGUCUUUUUACCAAAUGUAUGCCCACCUCACACAUCUGGGAACUGAAUGCAAAACCUCCUGUCUGGAGGAAGAAUAAUGCCCAUAAAUCUGACCAAUGGCACCCCCACCCCCCGCAAGGGUAAAGUUACAUUAUCUCCUUUGGUGUGGCUUGUUUGGUAUGUGGAAAUUGGACUAGUAGCACGAUGGGGCUUGUCUGCAAUAGAGUUGUGGUUAUAUAAGGGGAAAGUGUGGUUGCAUACCUUUGUGUCAAAUGCCAUAGAGCAAGAAGAGGUAGUUGCCACAUCAGGAUUACAGCAGUAGUGUAGUUCUAUAGCAUCUGUAAAGAGUCUUUAGUUAUCUGUGGAGCCUAGCCUAUAUUGUAAAGGAUGUGCUUAGCAGAAAGACUCCUUAAAGCAUAGCAUGCUAACUUAUAAGCUAGUUAGGGCUCAGUAGGGUCUUAGCUUCAAUAUUGGGGUGGGUUGAGGGAAGCUGCAGGUCUUUGCACUGUUGUUAACAGCCAUGAGGAUUAAAAGUGAAAGACAAGAUCAUGAGUUUGUCAUGACAGCAUGCACAGGUUGUUGUGAAGAUGUCGUGGUGGACUUUGAUUCUGCAGUUAGAGAUGAACUGAGAGUCUCUAAAGUGGAAGUUUGGGAACUUCUGAAGUGCAGCAUGGGGAGGAUCUCUAUCUGUAUACAAUUAAAAAAAAUCUUGUGUGAUUAUGCCAGUGUAUAGACCCAAAGGUAACAGGCGUGUGACUGCUUGGGUAAAGUUAGUUCUGUAUUCAGGAUUGCAUAACAAACCCUCAUCUUUAUCUUCUUUCCACUUUUAUGAACAUCAUAGAGCUUUAUCUUGCAUUUAGAGAUGGUGUUUCCCCUUCAGAUACAUCAUUCCUUUCUUACUUGAUUUAUGCAUUGAAAAUUUCACCCUUAACUCCAGGCUGGGAUGCUUCUGGAAAAACUACCACCCCCUAGUUGUAUAUUCAGAAUUACCAACAGAGAUUGGAGCUCCUGUUCCAUACGCAGAUAUGUACUGAAUGAAUGAAAACAUCUGCCACUGAGUUAGUCUAGUGUCAAAGAAGCAAUCUUGCUGUGUGGCACCUUAAAAAAUUAACCAACCUAUUGUGGUACAAGCUUUCCUAGACUGGAGUAAACUAAUCACAUGUAUUAAACAUUAUCAGGAAACUGGCAGAUAUAGAUACUCAUAUUUGUAAGGCAGAGGGUGAAAAUGUAGGCAGUGAAGUUAGCGGGGAAUGAAAUGGAACAAUUACAGACUGUAACAAUGAUGUUAAAGCGGGGAUAAUGAAAUUAAAAGGUUUAAAACACCUUUGUGACUGGAAAAUUGGGUUUUCGCUAACCUAUUAUGGGAUGGGAAAAAUUAGGCCUGGUACUCAAAGGUUACUGCAGUUAAAAAAGAUUGUUCUGUCCUAAUCUCCUAGUUUUUAAUUUUGUGUAGUGGAAUUAAAAUGGAAUAGGGUUGUUUGUCCUCCGUAGAGAUAUGGGGAAGCUGCUGGUGCGCAGGAGUUAAAAGGAAGUCGGUCCUUGCUAUCUGUGCCGCCCUUUGCCAAGGAGCUACACAUAGAGAUUGUGUCCUCACCAGCCUACAGCAUCACAGGAGUAUAUGACCAAAUUCUCUACCAACACUUUCAAACUCCCAGGUUAGCGUUUCAGUAAAGACAAUAACUUAACCUCUGCAUCCCUCUUCAUGAGAUCAAGGGAUAAUCUUGUUACUGUGCUUCUUACUUACUGCACGAGCACACAGUUAGCAGGACAUGGGCUUGUUGCCCAUGUGCCACAUUUGAGAAGCUUGCUUAGGCAUUUUAAACAUUUAAAGUAAAGUAUUGAUUCUGGAAAUAUUUAGAAUAUCUGUCUUAAAUCAGUGAAAUAUAUUGGUUGUGCCAGCUGAGAGAACUCUUAAAAACGUUUGCAGUAGCAUUGUGAUCUUAAGCCUGUCUUUGUGGGGUCUGUAUGCCAAGUACAUUUCACAGUCAUUUCACAGAAUCAUAGAAUUGUAGAGUUGGAAGGGAUCCUGAGGGUCAUCUAGUCCAACCCCCUCAACUUUCCUCUCUUAUUCAGUGGCCAGUGGUGCUAAUCACAGCUGAGAGUUGUGGUCCAAGAUCUGGACUGAAAGCUGGUUAAUGCAAAGUAACUCAUAGAACAUAUUUCCAGUGAAAAUUAAGCAAGCUCAGAACCUGAUCUCUUUUAAACAUGCUUUAUAGACACACUCUUUAAAGGAAUGGCCUUGGGAGAAUGAAAUGUGAUGUUGGACCAAAUUAUCAGCUAUUUUUUCAAUGUUAAUUGUAGUUUUAUUUAUUCAUUGAAUCUAAUGAGAUUUUAUAGUUUUACCGUAAUAUUUUACUGAUUGGUUUUUUUAAUGCGAAUUGGUUUGUAAGACAAUUGUCCUAAAAAGCAGUAUGGAUGUCUUUAUAAACAAAAAUAAUGUAAGUAACAAAUACCAUGUUAAGGUUACAGUCCCCCACUAUGUUUCAUCCCCCCUCACUUUUUCUGUAUGCUUUGUAACAAAUUGAUUUAAAUAUGAUUUUAACAGGCAAGUUAUAUAUUACUGCAUUUGUGCAGAAAGGUUUCUCCAUCUGGUGAUUCCUUUUUCACACCAAAUGCUGGCAGUACAGUGAAGAGGCCUCUGUUUUUGAGGCAUACAAGUUCAUUCAGCACUUUCUGUUCAUGACAAAAAUUAAAAUUGCUAGUUAGACCACAUAUCUGUCUGCCGCAGGGUAUUAAACACUUGAAAUAUUUCUGAUGGCCUCCCUUGCUUCUUUUCAGACUAUUGCAUUGUCACACAGAUUUUUCUCCCUUCCUUUAGUUUGAUAACACAUGUAUCACCAUGACUGUUUUGUUGCAGGCUAGUCCAGGAGGAAGAUAUUCUGUGUAUUCCAACAGUCGGGCAUCCUGAGUUCUUAGAAGGAAAUUCAGAUAAGUUCUCCAGGUAAGUUUUCCAUUUUGUUAAAGCUAAUUGAUCUGUCAUUUUGCAGUUAUCAGUCUGCUUACUAAAAAAUCUGAUUGAAGUAGCCUCUAUUGGUUUGGGUUAAAUGCCUAGGGAGAGCUGUCCUGGAAAAUCAGAAGCUUGUUUACCCUGGAUUGAUGGUACCAUUAUUAUAGUCUUGCAGAUUGUGGCUUUAUACCUAAGGAAGUCCUGUGAUGUUAGGGGCUGUUCUUUAAUUUCAGAAAAUGGUAAAUGCUGGUGUUUUUAGAGAAAAAUAGCAAUUGAGGAAAAAAUCCAUAGAACUACCUAAAGCUUGUGCUUUUGCAAAGUAUAUUUUUCAUAUAAAUACUCCAGUUAUUUUCUAUUGAUUCCUCAUUUAACCAAUGCAUUUGGUACUGGAAUUUUAGCCUGUUUGCUCUUCAGACAGGGCGGGGUAUAAAUAAAAUUUAUUAUUAUUAUUAUUAUUAUUAUUAUUCAUUCAGAUGGCCAGACCUCUACUUCAAGGUAAAAAAGAUAGUAGCAGCAGAUGAAAAAGAGCAGAGCCUGGGGUACCUGGCCGACACUCAGAACACGUCUUUAUUUCUGGUAAGAUUUAAAAAGUGUUUUAGGUAAAUAGCAUAUUCUAGUGCUGACAUCAGAGCUCUUGAGUAUAAUAAAUAUAAAAAUAUAAAUAAUGGUUAGGGCAUUGCAUACAAAAUUCAGAGAGAGAUGUAAUGUUGAAGUUGAACACAUUUAUCCCAACUUUUUAACACCUGUUUUCCUUAGCUGCAAAACAGGAUAAAAAUAUUUCUCUUCUAUUAAAAUGUGGUAGGACUUCCAGGGACCUGAUCAGUCAUUUAAACAGCUACCUUUGCUCUAAAGCAGUGAUGGCCAAACUUGGCCUUCCAGCUGUUUUUGGGACUACAAUUCCCACAAUCCCUGACCAUUGGUCCUGUUAACUAGGGAUGAUGGGAGUUGUAGUCCCAAACAGCUGGAGGUCCAAGUUUGGCCAUCACUGCUCUAAAGGGUAUUUGAGUGAUUUGAGAAGACAUAUUCAUAUCAGGUAAUUAUCAUUUCCCAUUUUUUGUAGGUUGGUUCAACAAACAGUGCUGUCCCAUCUUUCCCGUCUCAAAAUGCUCAUGCGUUUUGGAAUAGUUUAUCUCCUGCUGGACUCUGCAACAUAGUGAAACAGCUUUGUGAUAUUCUUGGGCCACACUUACACAGUAGGUAAGUCAGCUGACUCGACCUAAUUCUACCACAUAAUACAUUGCUGCAGAUAGCUUUGGGGGCUGGGUCUGUGCUGCAUGUAGCUGUUGCCAUUUACUGAUAGAUUUUGGGAAUUAAGUAUUAUUACUUUGGUUAUGGGGUGGUAGGAUUUUUCUGGUUCUGGACCGUGCCACAUUUAAGUGUUGUUCAUUCAAGGUGCUCCUGUGACAGUGGGGCCUGAAAUCAAUUUCUCAUUGAACCUUUGGGACCUCACAUUGUGAGUUUAUAACAACAACAACAAUUCUUUUUACAACAACAACAGAUAAUUAAUUAUUUUUAUUAUUUAUACCCCACCCAACUAGCUGGGUUUCCCCAGCCACUCUGGGCAGCUUACAGCAUAUAUUAAAACAUAAUAAAGCAUCAGACAUUAAAAACUUCCUGAUACAAGGCUGCCUUCAGAUGUCUUCUAAAAGUUGUAUAGUUCUUUAUCUUCUUGACAUCUGGAGGGUGUUCCACAGGGAGGGUGCCACUACUGAGAAGGCCCUCUGCCCGGUUCCCCGUUUGUUUAUGUGGUUGUGCUGCAGACUCCCUCUUUUGCUUUCUUCUUUUGUAAUACUAAUUAAUGAAGUUGCUGGUUUUUGUGUUCUAGGGGGACUCUACUAAAUGGAGCUGGAAGCAUUCUUCUUUCAGGACCCAGUGGUGUGGGGAAACUGACAGCUGUCAGAGCUGCCUGUAGCCGCCUCAAUCUCCAUUUGUUCAAGGUAGUUUGUCUGAGCCUUCCAUUUGAUUUUUUUAUGUCAUUUAACAUCUGGAAAAUGGCCUUGAAAGAAUGCAGCGCUACUUACAAAUAGCAAUGUUCUCUUUUUUGCUUUUGUGACCCCAAAUUGCCACUCAGGUACAGUGGAGAAAAGUGGUUUCUCCAUAGAGAACUUCUGGCAUUGCGUAUUCCUUCUUCACCCUACAUCUGUCCUCUUUCCCUCUUAGCUGAGGGUGAAUUGUAUUUGUCUCUUGCCCCUUCCAAUUUGGGCAUCUUACCUGAAUGCAGAGUGCUUCUGCUGGUGGGAGUGCUUACAAGGAAUAAUAGGGGUUUUAUAAUUUCCUUAUAAAGGAUACUUCUUUCUAAAUGCAUGCAUCUCUGAAAUAAGAGGCAGUUUUGGACUUCUGGGUCUUCUCUCAAAACUCCCACCUUCAGAGGAUCAGGAUAUGUUUAUCCACCAAUUGAUGACACCGCACUGUAGCUCUGUGCUGCUUCCACUGCUUUUUCUUCCCUAUGAAGGCAUUUUUUAAUCAAGUAUUCCAUUUGUUUGAAAUCUUGCUUUAGCAUAGGGAAAACAACAGGACACUGUUUCUAUAGCCUUAAAAAAUUAAAAUUACCCCUAUCUGUAAUAUUGUUCUUCAACUGCUGGGUUGUAUCAGUUGAGAGGCCACCAAAUUGUAUUUGUCUUUAAUUUUCGUGAAAGUUAUAUACCAAUCAUAAGAAAGCAACAAUCUGAAAGUGGUAAGAUGGGAGGAAGCCUGAUACAGCUUUUCUUACCCAUAUAGGAUAGUCUGCACUUGCUAAAAUUCUCCCAUCCUCACACCUAUUAAAGAUGUCUACAGGAAAAUGGUGGGCAUGUACAGUUGUAAAAGAGGUUAUUGUAUGGUUGUAGGUUAAAAAUGUGUCCAAGGAAUAAACUAGUCUAGAUCAGCAGAAUCUGCAGCCAUUUCCCCUGCAUGUAUUCUUCACAUAUUUUUGCAAUGCAGUCCUCAACAUAUCUUUGUCCCCUGGCUUCCUGUAGGUGGAUUGUGUUAGUUUGUGUGGUGACACCAGUGGAUCCACAGAAGCAAAACUGCAUGCUGCGUUCUCACAGGCUGAGGUCUAUAGCCCUUGUGUCCUGCUAAUGAAAGAUAUAGAGCUGCUGGGAAGAGAUCGUGAUGGACUUGGGGAGGACUCCCGAGUAAUUCUUGCAUUACGGCACCUUCUCCUGGACAGAGAGGCAAGUACUAGGUAUGGAUCGUCACACUAGGAUUUUCUGUGGCUUUGUUUCUGAAGGAUGGCUAUCACUAUGGUGUGCCUGAUUCUACAACCUAGCAGUCAAUUGAGUAGUUCUUCUCUGGCUGUGUGAUAUUGAAAUUUUGGAUCACUGCUCACACGGGGAGCAUACACACGGUGUAUUACACGGUGUAUUACGGUGUAAUACACACGGUGUAUUAUCAAUAUAGAGUGGGGCCUUCUUUAUAUUCUAACUGCGAUUUUCACGUAAGCACUUAAGAAGAGCCCUGCUGGAUCCAGCAUUGUAUUCUCAACCCUGGCUGAAAUAUUCAUGGCUCAUCUGUGUGUUUUCUCACUAGUUAUCCUGUCCUGGUAGUAGGAACAACGACCAGGCUUGGGAUUGUCCCUACGGACUUGCAGACGGCUUUCCUUCAUGACCUGAAAAUCGAAGCACCGUCUGAGGAGCAGAGGAAGGCCAUUCUAAGCAUGCUGACAGAGGGCUUGCCUUUGGGAAAAGAAGUGAGCCUGACUAAGCUAGCCCGGCAAAGCGCGGUGAGUUGCAUCCCAAACGGCAGGACAGCCUAGUCGAUGUUACAAGGGGAGCUUAGUUGCCAUAGGGUGUGAUUCCUUCUUGUGCUGAAGGAUCACCUUGCAGUAGGAAAGAACAACCAGGCCAUUGGUCCCUUUUAACCCAGUGUUGUCUGGCAGCAGCUCUCCAUGGUUCCAGACCAGGGCCUCUCCCUGCCCUAGCUAGAGACAUUGGGGAUUGAACCUGGGACCUUCUUAUGCAAAACCAUGCUAUGCCACUGAGCUGCAGCCCUUCCCAGGAAUUGCUUCUUUUUUAUGCAAGCAGCAUGACCCAAAUAGGAAUACAGAGUGCUGGAUCUCACUACUUUAGGCCCCAAGUCAGAUUCCCUGGAAAAGACUUAUCAAAAAGAAUUAUCUACAGUAUGUAAACUGGGAAUGUGGUCAAGCUCAUGUAGCUAUUUGACUUGAGUUCUGGCCUAUGGAUAGCCAGUAUUACACAAAUAUAGGUAUCUUGGUUGCCUUCGCUAGGAGGGCUUGGAGGCCCUUGCAAACCAAUAUAAACCUGCCUGCAGUAGCAUUCUCCAUUACUUCAGUGGUGUGCUCACAUAGCUUGAGGGAAUGGGUACAGAAGGAUUUCCCCAGAUUUUUCUGUGUAGAGAAUUAAACCUCUUCAUCCUUAUCCUUAAGGGGUCUUAUUUCAGAAUGCUUUCUCUGCUUGCCUUGGGAAUUGCUCCACUACUAGCAUCUUGUUCCAUGUUUGCAGGGCUUCGUUCUGGGAGACUUCUGCACUUUGCUUUCCCACAGCAGCCGUGCAGCCUGUGCAAGGAUCCAGAAUUCAAGGUACUGGAGGAGACUUUUUGGUGGUUUGUAAGCCUUCAGGUGAUCGCUGCAAAUGUUUUAUACACUUUGGAAGAUGAGAUUUAGGUUUCCUAACUGUGAAUGGGAUAAGGGAGGCAUGCCGGUUUGUGAUCUUCAAGACCUGAGGUGCCAGGAGUCAGGAGGGAAUAGCACAAGGAGCAAGUACAAAGAGUCCACCCUCUCCAGUUUGCAUGUGUCCAUGGGGUCGUGGCUUAGUAAAAUGACUGAAAAGAUUUGUCUUUGGAAACUUACUGUGGCAGCAUUUGAUAGAGCCCCAGUGACUCUUAAGACUUUUUGGUGAAAAAGGAUAGAGAAUCCCCACCCCCACAGGAACCUUCUGUUUUUGCACUGUUUCUCUUCCCCGCUUCCAACCAUAGUUCCUUCGCCUACUGCCACUUUGGAGCAAUUUAUCAGCUUAAAUAGGGCAACUUAAUUCCUUUUCACUAUACUAUCCCUGAUGGUAUCAGAGCCAGUCAGAUUGGGCUGCAAGGCAAUGUCAGUGAAGGGGAAAUGAAGCUACUUUGCUCUCGCUCUUAAGGCCUGAUUGAGCCUUAGUCAUCAAAGCUCAUCUGAGAGCAAUAUAGUGUAGAGCGAUAACAUCCUGCUCAGAUGCACAUUUGACUUUGUGCCUGAUUUCUCAGUGAUUGUUUCAUUUCUGCAGUACAGCAGAACCUGAUUGUCAGGGCUCUCAAACACCUUUGUGGCGCAGCUGGUUGGUGUGCCCCGCAAAUGAUCAAAAUUGAGGGCACCUAUCUUUGGCACAUCAGCACCCGGCUCAGCCCUGUAAUUUGGAGACCUGUGGUCCAAUUAACUUUUUAUUAUUAUCAAGAUUGCAGAAAACAGUUUGCUGUUUCUGUUUCCACUUUGCCAGCUUCCUGGGGGGACUGAGUGAGGAGGAAGAACAUGAUUUUUGUGCUGCAGGCUUCCCUCUUCUAGCAGAAGAUUUUGGUGUUGCACUGGAUAAGCUGCAUGAUGCUCAUUCGCAAGCAAUAGGAGCUCCAAAGGUAUGACUAAUAAGAAGCUUGAUUUAAAAAACCCCCCACAAACCACCCUCUGAGAUCUCAUGCAACUCUCUGCUACCAUUAAGUGGAGAAUGUCAUCAUCGCCUCUUGCUCCAAUGACUAAAUCAUACUAACUAGAUAGCUCAGUGCUUAUGCGAUCUUUCACAAAUUUUAUUCAUAAAAUUUCAGUCAUAAUCGCAAUCGACGGUAUACAUUAGUUUAAAAUCAAUAGAAUAUCCAGUCAUAAAUGUUAAAAACGUAAUAAAGAAGUAGGGGAGGAGCAGUGCUUAUCAAAGCUUAGACAAAAUAAUUUAGUAGUAAUCUGUAAAUUUUCAAGUGUAAAAAACCCAAAACUUCUCUCCUUUCACUAACAAUUGCAGGGCCAAAUAGAGUCGCCCCCCAGUAGGAAAUUCCAGAGAGAUGGUGUCUAAAAUGUUGGUGUCCUUGGGAAGGAACAUUACCACUAGUAGUAGUACUAUUAACUGGGGAAAGCUGUGUAAUCAUGCAGAUCUUACUAUAUUAAAAUACAGGAAUCUUCUGCUUCCUUUUCGGACAGGGGUUGUGGAACACAUUAAUUGGUACUCAACCUUGAACCACUUUAAGGCUCAAGGAAAUCCACAUAAUCCCGUUUUUCAUUCUGAUAUUGUUGGAGCUAAUGAAUGGGCAACAUAAAUGAGUCUUGCAAGCCCUCAUAACUGAGAAAAUCUAAUUCUACAACACUGGAAAGGCAGCUCUCUGCCAACAAUUACACUGUGGACUUGGAACCUUACUGUGUUUUUGAUCUUUGAACAUGCAACAAUUUGAACAUAAACAGUUUCCAGAUAUAGACAAGGACAAUUGGUCCAUGUACACUGAAAUCUAUUUUUUGUGAUUGAGUCCGUUGUAAAGUAGCAGCUUUAUGAGCCAGAAAGUGUUUGAAAAAUUCCAAUCAGAACUGUAAGCCUCCCUCUUCCUCUUCAUCCUUUACCUAUGAUUUGGUGUUAUAUAAAUGAAUUAAUAAUGCAUUGUCAAUACAUGAAAUAAGCAGCAGGGCUUCACCUUUUGAUAUUAAGGUGUAAGUGAGUACGUAAGGGAGAAGAGCUACUAAAGGUAGCUAAAGUGCAAUUAAGGGUGCAACAUGGAUGAUUCCAGAUGAGACCAGUCUUCACUUGCCCCUUGGAGCAGGAGGAGGAUGCUGUGAGAGCGGUGGCAGUCGCUGGAUGGCGCAGAGGGGAGUGUUGUGGUCUCAAAGGGUUUAUGGGACUGUGUCUUGAGAGCACCGUAAAAAGAAAAAAGUGCAAGUCUUGGUUUAUGAAAUAGGGUUGUAGACUUGGCAAGAGUUGCAAGGUUGUCCUGUCGCCGCAGAUACCUUCUGUCUUCUGGCAAGAUGUUGGUGGGCUCCAGGAAGUGAAGAAGGAGAUCUUGGACACCAUUCAGCUUCCCCUAGAACACCCAGAGCUACUAUCUUUAGGUCUUCGCCGCUCUGGUCUUCUGCUCUAUGGCCCUCCCGGAACAGGGAAAACGUUGCUAGCAAAAGCUGUGGCAACUGAAUGCACCAUGACUUUCCUCAGGUGGGCACUGUGGCAGAAAGGGAUAAGGGGAGCCUUGGGGCGCAGAGCUCGGGAUAACCAGCCCUGUCUUUUCUCUUUCUCAGUGUGAAGGGCCCGGAGCUCAUCAACAUGUACGUUGGGCAGAGUGAAGAGAAUGUGCGUGAAGGUUAGUGUGGAGCUCCAACGUGGAGCAGAGGAAUGCAUUGUGUAUGCUGCUGGCUUUAGCGCGACUCUGCAAGAUGCACAUUAAUUUCUUUCCCUCCCUCCCUCUCUCUCUCUCAUCAGUGUUUGCCAGAGCCAGGGCAGCUGCUCCCUGCAUUAUCUUUUUUGAUGAACUUGAUUCCUUGGCACCCAAUCGUGGGCGGAGUGGCGACUCCGGUGGUGUAAUGGACCGGUGAGUGCCACUUGUCAGCUGCUGUUAAGGAAUGCUGAAGCGUAAGCAUUCUGCUGUGGCAAACUCCGUGCAAACUCUUGAUUUUUUUUUCCUUUAUCCAUGCUUGAUAUAAUGAUCCAGGCAGGCCGGAGGUAUCUGGAUGUGUUCCAUAAAACCUGGACUCCCACUGUCAAAUGUAUAAACACUAUAAAGGCUGGGGUGCCCCACUCCCUGAUGGCACACAGGUUGUCUUUGGUCCCUGAACCUUAGCUUUGAUGAUCCUAUUUUUUUCUGCAUUGGGGCUUAGUUUUAGAAGAUAGAAAGGGUGAAAAUAAAUUUUAUCGAAAAUCUUAAUAUCCCACCUUUCUAUGUGGGAUAUUCAAGGCAUUCAAGGCAGCCGCUAAUGUUAAUGCAGCAAUCUUUUUGUAUUUUGAUGUAAUAGAACAAAAAGCAGAUCCUGCAACCAAGGUUAACUUCAACAAAAUGUCUCUCUCUCUCUAUAUAUAAAGCACUAGCAAAAUAUGACUUCAUCUCUGGAUCCCAGCUGAAAACUGCCUUCACAGGCAUAUCAACUGCCCUGGGUAUUUGAUGCCUAAUACCUGCCUAGGCAUUUGGUGCUUCAAAGCUUGCACUAGCUGCCCUUAUGCCAUUGGGCCAAGUUUUUAUAUUCAUAUGGAAGGCCCGCAACAACUGGUGUCUAGGAUACCAUGAGCACCAUCUGAUUCCUUCUAUCCCUGCCCAGUCUGUCCCCAUGACUUAGAUGCAUGGCUCAUACCUGCCAGGUGUUCAGUACUGUGGGCCCAUUUCUGUCAAAACUCACUCCCGGCUGAGAUCAGAUAGAUUUCCUUCCAGUUGAACUUCUGGCAAUUGGUGCAGACCUUUUUUAUAUCUGCUUGCAUUUAAGUUUUCUUAUUUUUAAUGGUUAAUUUAAACUGAUUUUAUCUUUUUAUAUCUUUUGCAACCUUACUGUACACCACUUAGAGACUACGGUGUUAAGCAGUAUAUAACACAAAAUAAUAAAAAUCUCCAGUUUGGCUCUAGCACUAACCAAAUGUUGGUUUGUUCUGUCACCUGAAGCAGAAUAUAACUCGGUCAUUGAACAAGAAGAAUACGGCAAUGGUCAGAUGAGAAAUUUGUAAAGCAGGGUGAAUCUUUAAGAUUCUUAGAAUCGAUGUCUGCCUCUUGUGAGAAGUGGGACCUUACAGUUCUAGAGAGAUAUAGGAAGAUACUGGAUUUUGCCAAUCUUCCAAGACGUGAUGCUCUUGCUGUGAGAAGAAAAGUUCUAUUUUUGAUUCUUACUUCACUCUGCAAAGUUAGUGACUUGCUUGUACAUCCCCAUUGCCCUACCUUGUCUGUUAAGAACUGUUUCGUUCAAAGCAAGUAGUUUUUCUCUCAGUGGUGCAUAGCAACUAGUACAGUAAUACUUUUGAGCUUAAGAGCUUGGUCAUACCUAUCUGAACCAGUGCUUUGUGUAUGUACUGUUUGGAGUAAUGAGUUGACUUGCUCAAUGGCUGCACUAGGAUUUGUGGCAUUUAAAAAUCUUUUCUUUUUCCCCUUGGUAGAGUGGUGUCUCAGCUACUAGCAGAACUUGAUGGACUUCAUUCUUCUCGAGAUGUCUUCGUUAUUGGAGCUACAAACAGACCUGAUCUUCUAGAUUCAGCAUUGCUCCGGCCAGGCAGGUAUGAUUCUCACUGUUAUUGGUUUUACACACACACACACACACACACACACACACACACACAGCACAUGUAUAUACGUGGCACUUUACAAAGAACAGGUAUAACAGAUCUCUGGCUCUUAAAAUCUAAAAUAUAGACAGGGAAACAAAAGAUGUGAUUACUUCAUUUGUGUGUACCAUGACUUAGUUACAGUAGAGACAAGGACAAAGUUAGAUUAGUGUAGUAUCCUAACUCCCCACUCCCUCACUUGUUGCAAGUCUUUGAAAGCAAGUUAAGAUGUGAAGCACUAAGAGGUUGCCUGUCCCUUCUGUUCUGUUUGUGUUACAUUUUUGGCAGACAAAUCCUCUGCCCAAAGUGAGGUCUUGAAGUGCUUUUCCACGCAAAAUAACAGACAAUUUGUUGCUUCUUCCUUGCCUAUUUGGUGCUGGAUGCAUUCAUUUGCUCUAAUUUAGCGCAAUAGUUUUCAAAGGUUUUUCCCCCGUAGACCACUUGAAAAUUGCUGGAGGUCUUGGCAGACAACUUAAUAAAAUUUACUAAUGUUUUAAAGUACCAACAUCAUUCUAAAAACAGGUGGAAAUCAUGGGACACGGCAGGCUACCAAAAAGGGCCCCUUUAACUUCUAUAGAAAAUGAAUAAGACUUCCCCUGUGGGCCCUAGGCAAGUGCCCUAGUCAAAAUAGCCCCCAUCUUCAUUGUAGAAGGUAUCAGUUAUGCACAGAGCCAGGCACAGGCUUUCUUGAAGGUUGCACUUUUUUCUUCUCAUUUCUUUGCACACUGUGAGUGGAGCUACUUGGAAAAUGUUUGCUAUAUUGAAUUAAAAGCUCCACAGCCUAACAAUAGAAGUCUGUUCUCAGAUCUUCUUGGGGUUGUGUGUGUUUUCUGAAUAGCAUGUAUGUAUAUUGGACAACUGCACUUUGUCUCUUUAUUGUCUGUUUCCCUGGCAGAUUUGAUAAAUUGGUCUAUGUGGGUAUAAAUGAAGACCGAGACUCUCAGCUGCAAGUACUAAAUGCUAUCACCAGAAAGUGAGUGCCUACCAUAAAAUAAAAGUAGUGACAAAGCGAAAGCCCUGUGAUUCCCAAUAUUUCAUGGCCUUAGUAUUCCUUGUAUAUAGCUGUUCACUCCGCAGGGGAAGAGAAGUCUGUGCAAAGUGGUACCUCCACUCCUACAAGCAGCUAAGUACAACUGCAACUUGCUGGUUUGCAUUCAGAAGAUCUUUCACAUCAUGGGCUGCAAAAUUGUGAAUAAGUGCUGUCCUUGUGCAUUCCCUUCUGCUCUUGAGCAUGAGGCUUAUUUGAUUGCUUCCCGUUUUAAGCAAACCAAUUUACUGUAACAAAUGCAUGAAGGAUAAGGCUAUGCUCUAUCCACACUGUUGGAAGCACCAUACCUCUGCAUUCCAGUUGCUGCGAAUUAAAAGAUGCCGUGUUUAGGUCCUGAUCUGCAGGCUUUUCAUAGGCAUCUAGGUGGCCAUUGUGAGAAUGGGAUGGGCCUUUGGCUUGAUCCGGCAGGGUUGUCUUAUACUCUUUAUGGAGUGGUGAAAGCAGCAGAACUGCAGUAUAGGUUAAAACUGGAUUAACAGCCUCUGCUGAUUUGGGCUUGAUAGCUUAGCCCACUGCAUCAGCACCUCCUUUUGCUGCUUUUGUUAAAAGAAAAGUAGAGCAGACAACCUUGCACUAUGAAGUUUCUGAUCUUAGAAAGCUGUGAAUGUUAAAUUGGCUGCAAAUCUUCCCAAGAGAGGUGUGUGCUAUUGUGAGACCGAUAAUUCUCGUUUGGUGUUUGCCACAUUAGGCCUGGAUAGCUCAGUUGGCUAGAGCAUGGCGCUGAUAAUGCUAAGGUUGCAGGUUUGAACCCCGUUUGGGACAGCUGCAUGAUCCUGAAUUGCAGGGAGUCAGACUAGAUCAGGAUUUCCCAAACUUGGCUAUCUAGUUGUUUUUGGACUACAGUUCCCAUUAUCCCUGACCACUGGUUCUGCUAGCUAGGGAUGAUGGGAGUUGCAGUCCAAAAACUGCUAGAGAUCCGAGUUUGGGAAACCCUGAACUAGAUGAUCCUCGGAGUGCCUUCCAACUCUACAUUUCUAUGAUCACACUCAUUUGAACCUGGGAUUUGGGGUUAUUCCUUUCUGUCCACAGCUCUCAGACGGGCUGCAGUCUAACAACAAUCUUUCUUUGAUACUAAGCCUUGGAUAUAUUCUUCCUUGGUAGGUUUAAGCUGGAUCCUUCCGUCAGUCUCCUUGGUAUCCUUGACAAGUGUCCCGUACAGCUAACGGGAGCAGACAUAUACGCACUCUGCUCAGAUGCCAUGAUGUCUGCUAUCAAAAGAAAAGUGGCGUGGAUAGAGGAAGGUAAGGAACUGGCAAAGCUCAGCUAGAUUCAAAUCUGCUAAGAAAAAUGCACAGCAGGCAGUUAAGACAGGAUGAUGGACAGGUUCUGGAAAGAGAAAAAUGUUCUUCAUGGGCCAUUGUUUCUUUGAAUCUAAUUCAGUGAACAAGAUAACUGAACUCUUUACUGUGUCCAUUCAUCUCCAGUGAUGGGGUAGAAAGGCAGAAUACAAAUAUUUUAAAUAAACGUUUGAUCAAGUGUUUGGCAAAACUAUUACUGCUUUACAUCCUUCUGUUUGGACUUGCAUAUCAAUAAGCAAAGAUCAGUUCUAAAUAGUGGAGUAGGAAGUCAGAUUGGUCUCACGCCUCUGGGACACUUGGCAGACAAAGGUGUGUGUAAUUGAGAGGAAUUAGCAGGCAAUAACGGGAAGGGUAAAAUAUUCCUUUGUUCUUGGGCUCCUUUUAUGGAAAUGAUCUAUAGAAAGGCUCCUCCUUUUUACAGGCUGUGGUGUAAUUUCAGACCUGAGGGUGGAAUAUAUUAUUUUCCCUGUGAUGCGUCUCUCAGGAUUUUCUGUAUUGCUGCUACCUGUGCCACCCUUGGGUCUGUUCUUGAGACAUUCUUUGGAAAAUAGGUUGAGUUACUUGUGGGGGUCUAAUUGUGCUAUCUGGAUUGGACUGAACUGACUUUGCUUGAGGUGGGAACCUGUUAAACGCAUAUCUAUGAGAGACUGGCAUAAGUGGGUCUUGAUCCAGCUGUUAUGAUUCUGUCAUUUGGUAAAACAUUGUGGAAAUGAGAUGUUGUCCAGUGCAAAGAAUCAGUGCACUGUGAAAACUCUUAGGGAGAGUUUUGCACUUUGGAGCACUAUUCACAGUUGUCCGAGUUUCUCUCUGCACUUGAAAGACUUGUAGAAGUUUUUGCAUCUUUCCACUGCUCCCCGCCCCAUUUUGCAUACCCAGGAACAGUUUGUGGGUGUGCAGCAUCUGACAUGUCUAAAAUGAAUAACUUUUUUGGCAACCAUUUUGCUCUUUUUCUCCAGGGCUAGACACAGAGACUUCAGACCUAACUCUAACCAUGGAGGACUUUGUACAAGCUGCAACAAGGCUGCAGCCGUCUGUUUCCGAACCAGAACUGCUUAGAUACAAACUAAUCCAGCAGAGAUUUGCUGCUUGAUUAAGGAUCCAGCAGGACCAGAAAGAAAGGGAUACAUAUGGUUGGAACUGUAUAAUUCCAUGGAAUCUGGAAGAAAUUUUUGAUGUGUUGUUGUCGGUUCUGCUGGAGAAGUGAAAACAGUGGAUUCCAAUGGCCAGGUGAGUGAGAAAAACUGAAAAUGGGAUCUAGGCAUGGAACUGAGACUACUGGCUGCUUAGCUGGCUAAGAACUCUCUCAAGCUAAUCCUCAGGAGUUCUCAGCGCCCUUGCUUAUAUAUGAGAAGUUCAGGUUUCUUGAACACCCAGUGGAAAACCUGGGCCCAUGAAUAUUUGGGUGGUGGUGCAGUGGCUGUGUCUAAGAAUGGAUAAAUAAAAAUCCUGUUUCUUUGCCAGAAUGACGUAAAUGCUCUUUAGUGCCUUUUAUGAACUAAGAUUUUCGGAGGGAGAAAGAGAAAACCAUCAAAGCAGAGCAGAGCUCACCUUCCUUCCUGUAGGGCACUCUGAUGCUUAAUGCAGUCACAUAUUUAAUUAAGUGUUUUGUAGAACUGGUCUUGUUCCCAUGCUGGCUCCUUCACCAUUUUGCCAAAUUUAUGUAAUCUGCCAAUAUAAUAUAAUCUCAUUGGUGUUUACAAUUGUAGCAAUAAGGUAAAAUAUUCCCAUUUUUUAUUGUUGGGGGGGGGAGAAGAGAGACUGAUAACCUUGUACUCUUUGGCUUGCUGGACUUAACCUACCACUUCUGCAUUUGCCAGGAGGGGAGGGGAUUCAGCUCCCCGUUUUCCAGCUAUGGAGCAAGGCAGCUCAGGCUGGCAGCCUAAAGUCUUGUGUAAAACUGCAGCAAAGUGUCCACAAACUUUUAUUGCAUGCCACAAGAACUCAAAAAAGCAGAUUCAUCCUUUUGAAUUUUUUUGUCUGGCUGCUCGUGUGAUUAAACAAGAAAUUGCAUUCUGAACUAACAAAGAUUUCCAGACAGUUUCCCCCCACAUAAAACACACUGUAAUCAGUCAUCCAGCCCUGAGGUUACUACUGUUUGUACCAUACUAGCAAAACAGUUAUGCUGCUAAAAGGCACUUGUCUUGGCUGCUACCUAAGUUUUCAGGAGCUGUAUCAGGUCUCACAACAACACCAAAAUACACAGUUGAUCCUUAACAGAGCAUGGCCUCAUCCUGGUCCAGAUCAAGUAAAAUCUCUACCAGUAACUUUUACUACCAUAGUUCAUUCACUGCCAACA